CACACUCAUCAACUCCACCAUCAACCUCACCAUCAACCUCACCAUCAACCUCACCAUCAACCUCACCAUCAACCUCACCAUCAACCUCAUAUUCAUUUUCACCCCUUGAUAGGCCGCGUAUACAGCACAAGACCCGUUCACCGAAACACAUCCCUCCCUAAAAAAAUAUGGCAUCCCUCGCGCUCCAACCACUCUUCCGCCGCCCGGUCCUCACAGCCCUCCUCACAUCCCUCUCCGCCUCCGUUCUCGCCUGGGCCGUCCGCGACUACCGAGCCUACAUCGCCCUCGGCCCCGGCGGCGUGCCCCACAACUUCGCCGGCUGGCUGCUCGUCACCCUCACCAUCCGGCCCUUUGCCCUCCCCAAGACCGCGGCGACCUGGACGGGCGAUUUUCCCGCCGAGGGCGCCCACGAGGACGUUAAGCAGAUGCCGCAUCGGCGCGGAGACAGGGCCGAGCUGGGCGGCAUCGUCCCGCACCGGCAGCUGAGCCAGCACGCGCCGGAGCGCAUGAGAGAGUACAUCCAAAACCUCUUCGCCAACGCAGUGACCCAGAACCGCACCCUCCUGGAAUCAAAGCUCUCCCUUUACGAACGCAACAACCCGGCCCUCUUCGUCUCCGCCCCGAUUCUCAACUCCUCGCCCGCGGUCCCCGCCGCCAGCCGCACGGCCCGCGGCGAGAUCGGCCACUAUCACGGCGACCUGUCCGUCCACAUGUACCUGUCUCCCGCAGACGCCAGGCUCGCCGUGGAAAAGGGCUGGGCCGAGCGCCACCGCCUCGCGUUGCCACGGGGCUCGCUGCUCGCAGGCCGCUUUCGUGUCGCCGACUCGUACCUCAUGAUCUACGGCCCACGCGACGAGGACGAGAUGGAGGUGCUCGCCACGUUCCUGAGGAACGGGAUCCGCUAUAUGACGGGGGCGGAGGAUGUCGGACCCAUCGUGUGGAAUCAGCUCGUGGAUGCGUGAAGACUAUUGUAGUUUCCCAUGGCAUCGAGGUUUAGCACGUUCAGGGUACAUGUGAAUCUCUUCUUGUAUUUUGCACUAUAUUGUCUAAUAAUACUUCACUUUCACU